GAGGAAAGCUUUGAUUGAUUAUGAUAUUACAUGAGAGAAGCGAAGAAACAAGAAAAGAUUCUGUGGGAGGAGCUCCUUGUUUUUUAUUAUCUCUAUCUUUUGCUAAUUCGCUUUCUCCAAUUAAACGAGAUCUCACCCAUAUCUCCGACGACUACAACUACUUCUUCACCAAUCACACACAACUCUCUCAUCUCUCCAUCUCUCUUUCGCACUUCAACUAGUCACUAUCUCUGCAUAAUAAUAGUUAUUCAUUAUUUCCAGACGAACCCCUAUCCACACCAAAGCUGAUACUGGUCCAUACAUCAUCAUUGACCAAGAUUUGAAGAAAAGGUUUUGCACAGAUCAAGAGUUUCUUUUUUUUAAUUCAGAAGUAAGAAACUUGUGUGAAAGCUCUUUGAUUUUGACCAAGUGUGUUGGUGAAGCGUUUUACAUUGGGGGAGGAUCUGUUUUUGGUACAAGAGGAGGAGUCUUUUUUUCUGUCUUAUUCUGUACUAUCAUCCCUCUGCGAUCAGAUUCAUAUCUUGUGCUUGCAUUGACCAAUGGGAGGUUGUGUGUCCAAGAGCAAUGAAGAGCCUAUGUAUCGUCCCUGCCUCGGGAUGGGGUGCUGUGGGAGCAAAAUGGGGAGGAGGACAUCUUCAGGCCGCAUCGUUUCGCUUAACAACUUGGUCUCUAUUCCUAACCGGAUCACCAGCAACGGAAAGAGCAAGAGUUCUUGCAUUUUCACUCAACAGGGACGCAAGGGAGUUAAUCAGGACUCAAUGAUCGUGUGGGAAGAUUUCAUGUCUAAAGAUGUGACAUUCUGCGGUGUUUUUGACGGACACGGUCCUCAUGGUCACCUUGUUUCUCGUAAAGUGAGAGAAUCUUUGCCUGUGAGGUUACUGUCUUUCGUGAAUUCGAUUCAGUCGAAGCAAAACGUUUCAAACAAAUCAGAUAGCCAAGAAGCUGACAAGGAGGAAGAAGAAGCUAGUGAGGAGGAGGAUAAGUUGAAGCUCUUAUGGGAAGAGGCUUUCUUGAAAGCUUUCAGUGCUAUGGAUAAGGAACUGCGUUCCCAUCCUAAUGUGGAAUGCUUCUGCAGCGGCAGCACUGCUGUUACAAUCAUUAAACAGGGGUCAAACCUAUUCAUGGGAAACAUUGGGGACUCUCGGGCGAUACUUGGAUCCAAAGACAGCGAUGAUUCAAUGGUUGCUACUCAGCUAACAGUUGACUUGAAGCCUGACUUACCAAGGGAAGCAGAGAGGAUCAAACAGUGUAAAGGUAGAGUGUUUGCGCUGGAAGACGAGCCAGAGGUGCCACGAGUCUGGCUACCAUAUGAUAAUGCUCCUGGAUUAGCCAUGGCUAGGGCUUUUGGUGAUUUCUGUCUGAAAGACUACGGUGUGAUCUCAGUACCCGAGUUCUCUCACCGUGUUCUCACAGAGAGAGACCAGUUCAUUGUCUUGGCCUCUGAUGGAGUAUGGGAUGUGCUAAGCAACGAAGAAGUGGUUGAAGUGGUGGCAUCAGCACCAAGCCGAGCAUCAGCAGCUAGGCUAGUGGUGGAUUCAGCUGCAAGGGAGUGGAAGCUGAAGUACCCGACUUCGAAAAUGGACGACUGUGCGGUCGUGUGUUUGUUUCUCGACGGGAAGAUGGACUCGGAUUCAUCAGACUACGAAGAGCAAGGAUACUACUCGUCAGCAACGAACGCAGUAGAAGAAUCAGAGGAAAACCAGGUGAAUGCAGCAGAACCGUGUCUUCAGAGAAACGUCACGGUCAGGGCGUCAACAGAAAACAGCAGUUUCGGUAAUGUGAAUGCAGAAGCGAUUAAUGAUGUUGCAGAGAAGGAGAAAACUAAGGAAGGUGAACAGAACUGGUCCGGACUAGAAGGAGUUACUCGAGUGAACUCAUUAGUUCAGCUUCCAAGAUUCUCUGGAGAAGAAACUAAGACUUGAGAUAUGGCUUUUCAUUGUUUUUUUUUCAAGAAUUGAUUUUAGUGUUCCAAAGAAAAGAAAAGUUUGCUGGUUGCAUGCAUCUAUUUGCCUAAUCAAAUUCAUAAAAUGUAAAUGUGUUAGCUU